AAAGAGACGAAAGAUCGGCUCCACUCGGAAAAAUCCUCGAGGAAUGCAUGGGAAAAACAUGGGUGACCAGGAUGAUAUACUUGGUAUGGCAAUGGAUAGAGGAACUAAAAAAGCAGAGGAUGAUUUGGAUGAUAUGCCUUUAGCAUCAAACAUGAGUCAGCCCAAGGAAAUGUCCCCAGAAGCUAUCAGUACCAUAGAUAUUGAAUCAGAAAUGCUAGUUAGUGCAACUGAUUUAAAAGGAGGUGAAAAUGAUUAUCAGAACAAUUCUGACCCAACUAGAACAACUGGACAUGAAACACCUGAAAAUACUGAAGAUCAGUUAGUAAGUGUUGAUGUUACCAAACAUCUACAGCCAAAGACUGUUCCAGUUGAGAAAAGAAGGAAGAUGGGCUCGACUCGGAAAAAUGUCAGAGAAGGAAGAAUACGGGGGAAGAGAGAUGUAUAUGAGGACACGGAGACUGCAGAAACACAUCUGCAGAUGUCUCAGGACUCUGAAAUGAGCCUAGUUGGAAAAUCUGUAGAAGAACAAACAAUUCACAAUUACUCUAAUCAGUCAGAGGAUUCACUUCUUAGUGAGAUAGAGAGAGCUUUAAAUAAGACUUCUCAAAGUUCAUCGAAUUAUGAAUUGAUCGUCAAAGAGCCAAACUCAGAUGACUUAGUGAAUACUUCUCAUCUCAAUAAGCCAGAAAACUCAGAAAUCAAAUCACUUCAGCCGAAACCAUCACAGAGCUCCAAAACUCACAGUGAACCCAACUCACCAGAAAGACGAAGAAGAAAAAUGGGUUCAACUCGCAAGAAUCCCAGACAGCAGAUCAAAGCAGAAAGGAAGGAAGAAGACAAAGAGGAUGGGGAGAUAGAAGAGAACUUAGAGGCAAAUAAGCAAGAAAUGAAGAACCUUGAAAUCGUUGAGACGUCUGUAGUGCAUAAUAUCCCUGAAAAUAAACUGAAUAAAGGGUAUCUUGAUGUCCCCAGUGCACACACAAGUAGCAGUCAGCUAGAAGAAAGCAGUAACCCUAUUGUCCAAGAAAGGACGUCGCCUUCAACUAAAAGGAAGUUUGGGUCCAGACGCACUAAUAAGGGCAAACAAGGCCUUGGUAGGCUGGACGCUUCUGAUAGUAAGAGCGAAUUAGGAGAUGAGGUCGAGGACAAUCUGCGCAAUGAUGACUUAACGGUAUGUGAUCCGCAUCUCAGCUUACAACCAGAGAAUCAGCCAAUUUUCCAACCGAUCUCUGAGCAGAGCAAAAUGGAAGCCAGAAAUGAAGAAGCUGCUCCAAAAGGCACUGGUGCUGGUCUUGUUUCUUUGGACCAAAUCAUAAAACAUGAUAGAAGCACUGGAACUAGGCAGACAAUAAAUUUAAAGAACAGGAAUAGUGAAUUACAGUUUAACGUGGUCAUGGUGGGAAACAGCUGUGUGGGAAAGACUUCCUUCAUAAGACGCUUCCAUGAAGGGCAGUUCACUGAGGAUUACCGUUCCACUAUUGGUGUUGAUACCUGUAUGCAAACUGUUGAGCUGGCUGACAGAACUGUUAAACUGCAGAUAUGGGACACAGCAGGUCAAGAGAGGUUUCACAGCAUCACCACACAAGUGUUCCAUAAGGCUGAUGGGCUUCUGUUCAUGUAUGAAAUCACAUGUUCAAAGAGCUUUAUUUCUGUACGAGAUUGGAUCUCUCAAGCUCGGGAAAGGGCUCCUGAUGAUGCCAUCAUGAUAUUGCUCGGAAACAAGAACGAUUCUGUUGAGCGUAAAGUCCAGAUUCAGGAAGGGGCGGAUCUGGCCAGAGAGUAUAAUAUACAUUUCAUGGAGUGCAGUGCUGCAACUGGGGCUAAUGUAUCAGAAUCCAUGAGGACUCUUGCAGAGUUGUUAGUGCAGCGCAAGAAACGAAAAGAGGAACACACAACAUUAAGAAGAGAACCACCAUCGAAGAAAUCUGGUUGCUGUUAAAAACACUCUCCCACACACAGAGAUGCACUAUGAUUCAAAAGUUUUAGUCAGUACAUAAAAAAAAAAAAAAAAAAAUUAAUACUUUUAUUCAACAAGGAUCCUGAGAAAAAGUUU